AUGAGCCUGCGAUAUUUUGUUUUCUCACUGAUCGCAUUGUGCAACGUCAAUGGGGUCGUUCUGUCUGCGAAUAGUGCUGAUGCACUGCCCGUGAGCUGGUGCAUUACUUACCUGUCAACCUAUCUUGAACCGGUGCGAACAGUUGCCGCAAAUCCUGCUCCGACCAACCUGCUGGAUGACGCAAACUCCUCAACUGGAGGACUCGUACCUACAUCUCCUAACCUUUCUUUAUUGACGUUUCCCACCAGCCGAUCAGCAAACUCAAAUUCUCCUGCGACCACUGAAUUGUCGUCGACACAAUUUCUGUCAGCAUCAACGCCAUUGCCGUCUUCAGCAGCCUCAUCUUCCCUUACCACCUCAGCUUUUAAUUCUACCCCGAGUGGGCCGGCUCUUCAACCGGUGAUCUUCCUAAUUGUCCCCGCUAUUCGUUCGACGAAAAGAAACAUAGAUAAAAGGGCCUUUGGUGGUUUCCUGAACCAUGACAUUUCUACAAACCGCCAGACCUGUGAUAGCGCCUCAACGUUUAUUCUCACGAAUGGGCAACUCUUGGAUGAAGGAGUGCCAGUUCAUUAUACCGCUGGCGAAACUUUUAAGCUCCUACGUACUACGGAACCACCACUAGGAUCCUCUGUCACAACGACCUUUGAGAACGUUGGAGGCACGCUUCGAUUCUCUAGCCCUUUACUGCCCAACGGCCAGGCAGAGUUUUGUCAAGAUGUCAGCGGACGAGUGUACAUUACAUUCACAUCAAGGCCUCCCGACUGUGUGCCUGUCUCGCUUGUAACUUACGGAGGUACGGUUUACGCCCAGAGUCAACUCGAUGCCCCUACAGGAGAUGCUAACCUUCCGUGA